UAUACACCUUUCUCUCGAUAUAUAUACCCAUCCAGCCCACUUUCUCUCUUCACCAACAAACACUUAAUCUUUCUCUCUGAAUAAUAUUAUGGGGGCUCCUCAAGAUCUUCCCUCCUCUCUUGGCUGCGAACUGAGGAUCAUAAGAGCCAAAAACAUUGAGCUCAAGCCCAACACACUGCUCUUUGUGAGAUGCUAUCUCUCUGCAGGCAACGGCAAGAGGGUUAGAGUAGAUAGCAAAGAGAUCUCUUCAAAUUCCGACUCACUGUUCUUCAACCACUCCUCCUCCUUGGAGUGUUUGGCCUCCCAGGAGGCCACCCAAGCUCUCAUCCGCCAUGGAACCGUCGUUUUCGAACUCCGUCGGAGAAGCGCCACUCCGGUUCUUGGCAACAUCUGCGGCUCACAUCUCGUGGGCAGAGCCGAGGUUCCAUGGAAAACCGUCUCCGAGGCCCCGGAGAUGGAGAUUGACGAGUGGGUGAGCUUGGUUUCUGAUCGGAGACGCGUGCAUAAUCAAGAUGUUAAGCCGCCCGCUCUGCAAUUGUCAAUGAAGGUUAAACUUCCGGUGGCGUUGCCGGGGAACAGGCGGCGCCGGAGGGUGGCAAAGUGGGAUGAUGAUCACUAUGAGUGUGGAUGUAAUGAUGUUGGGUGCAAUUGUGCAGAUUAUGAUGUGUUUGCAUUAGCUGCAGCCAUGGAGGCCUUCUAGGGACUGUCUGGCCUAGAUUAAUUAAUUUUGUUUCCUUUAUUUUUUCAUAUAUUGUUGCAUCAAUUGGACUUUUCAAUUGUACAUAUGGUGAGGAACACUGAUAUGAGUCUUAAUUAGAAAGCAAUGAAUCCAAUCCUCAAUCUAAGCAUUUGUAUACGAAAGGAUUGCAAUUUUAUCCACUCUUGUAGGUAUAAAUUUAAGUUGAUGAUUGUUUUAAGGAUCA